UGGUAGCAGUUGUUAAACACUGUUGAACAGUAGCUAACUUUUGCUAUUGUAGCCAGUACGCGUUACUUUCACUUGUUUUUAAAAAUACUUUUGUAAUAAUAGUAAUUUCGACAAUUUCCUCUGUUUGUCGCGGUCAGGGCAUCCAUGUCAAAGUAUAAGGCAUAUGGAUACAAAGGCUCAUAUGAAGAGCGGGAAGGAAGAAGCUGUGUGCGCUACAAAUGUGGCCUGCCUUGUAACACCAUACAGGAUGUCUUGCACCAAAGACCAAACUGGAUUGAAGUUAAAGAUGAUGGUGAGUGGGACUUCAACUGGUGUGAUGUGGGAUGGCUGAGGGAGAAUUUUGAUCAUACAUACAUGGAGGAGCACGUAAGGAUAAACCACUUUCGCAACCAUUAUGAGCUGACUCGCAAAAAUCUUAUGGUGAAAAACCUCAAGAGAUACCAGAAACAGCUUGAAAGGGAGGUUGGUCGCAUAGAAGCAUCCAACUGUGAUUUUUUCCCUUGCACUUUUGCAAUGCCCAGUGAGUAUCAUCUCUUUGUAGAGGAAUUCAAUCGAAGCCCUGGCAACACCUGGAUCAUGAAGCCGGUUGGAAAAUCUCAAGGCAAAGGCAUUUUUCUGUUCAGAAAACUGAAAGACAUCAUAGAGUGGAAGAAGGAUGGUUCCCGCUCAGAGGAACAGAAGGACGGAGUUCAAGUGAAAAGCUAUGUGGCACAGCGCUAUAUAGAGAACCCUUAUUUAAUCAAUGGCAGAAAGUUUGAUAUGAGGGUCUAUGUGCUGGUCACAUCAUAUGUACCCCUGAAAGCCUGGCUGUAUCGAGACGGCUUUGCGCGCUUCUCAGGCAUUCGCUUUUCCCUCAGCAGUAUUGAUGACAAGUAUAUGCAUCUCACCAAUGUGUCUGUUCAAAAAACAGCACCUGACUAUGAUCACGAGAAGGGAUGCAAGUGGCAGAUGCAACAGCUUCGAAGAUACCUGACUGCAAAACACGGCAGAGAGAUGGUAGAAACCCUGUUUAAAGAGAUGGACAACAUCUUUGUCCGCAGUCUGCAGAGUGUACAAAAGGUCAUUAUUAAUGACAAACACUGCUUUGAGCUCUAUGGUUAUGACAUACUACUGGAUCAGAACUUCAAACCGUGGUUAAUUGAGGUGAAUGCCUCUCCGUCACACACGCCCAGCUGUCAGGAGGAUUACGAGAUGAAAUGCAGACUGCUGGAAGACACUUUGAAUGUUGUGGAUAUGGAGGGAAGGCUCACUGGGAAGGAGAAAAGAGUGGGUGGCUACGAUCUCAUGUGGAAUGAUGGUCCUGUCUACAGAGAGGAUGCCAACCUACAAACAUUUGGCAGCUCAGGUUUCACAGCCAACACACACCUAGGGUGUGUAAACGACAGAGAGAAACAGCUUCGCCAGCUUCUAAAACCAUUUCCAUGCCAAAGGAAGGCAUAAUCAGAUUGAGAUUUUCUACAACAAUGCUGCUACUCCAGUACUUAGUGUUAAAGAUUGAAUGAUCAGGGUGGCAUUGAGGGGUCUAAUUAAGCGGCCAGCUAUGGGGAAAUACAUCUCUAAUGCUUUACAGUUAUCUGUGCAGAUCUGAUGCUUAAAAUCUACUACAAACCAUGUAAUAACCCUACAUUACAUUCAACAAGAAAUACACCAGUACAGAGGGUUUUUCUUUUGAAUCCAAUAAUCAAUGUGCUUGAAUGGCAGCGUGUGUUUGCAUGUUUGCAUGCACAAUGUCAAUGACAAAAACACUUGUGAAUCUGGCACCAUUUCUUCAGGUGCUUCAAAGAAUGACCAACAGACCAGUGCCGCUUGUGUGCAAAACAUUUAUUUCUAUGCCUUACAAAUACUCGCAUUCAACAUUGAGAAAAUACUGUACAUACCACAAUCUUCCUGCGUGCAUGUCGAUGUAAUGUACACAUUUAGAACAACACUGCCACUCCAGGCCCCUUAUCUAUGGCUUUGAUAGUUUACAUAGAUAUUUAAGUUAAGAGGUGCAGUCAGAAUAAGUAGCACAUUUACAUUGGUGUCGUGUUUUCAUGAAUCAAGUGCACAUAGUAAUCACAAGAAACAGAUAAAAUACUCAUGUAAACACAGUGUCCUACAGACGUCAAGUAUGGGAUAUGGAGGUGAUAUGUAGAACAUUACAGCUUAGUAGCUAUGAUCCUCUGAACUUCCAUUGAAUCCUGGGAAUGACACAAAGUUACAUUCAGAUCUUUUUCUUUGCGUUUUUGUUUUUGUGCGUGACAGUGUAAACAGCAAUGAUGAUGGGGGGAAAAAAGAAGAAGAAGAAGAAGAAGAAGAAGAAGAAGAAGAAGAAGAAGAAGAAGAAGAAGAAGAAGAAGAAGAAGAAAGUACAAGUCAACCACAGCACUUCUGAUAAAUAUAACUAUGGCAUAUAAAAUUUGGAAAAAUAUGCAUUUACAUUCGUAGCAAACAUUACACCGUCUUCAAUGAUAGAAAGAGCUCAGCUCUAUGCAAAAUACAGUAUAUUAUCAUAACUACAAUUCAAGCUGUUCAAACAUGAAAAGCCCUUGUAACCAAAAAUUUAAAACCAAAUCACAAAUAUAUCUGGAACAGACCACAUUACUGCAGUACCCCACCACUUACUUUGCCUCCUUUUCACCUAAACUUGCUUUAACUUAAAAUGUGUCUUAAAACAUGGAGGCACCAAAGGAACAAUAAAAAGCAACAUUGAGGAAAAAAAAA